CGUAGUCACCUUUGCCAGCUCGCCGGUUGGAUAGUCCUUCUGGCCCCGCCGAAAAGGCGGGGAGAGCGGUCCCCAUUGAGGGGCCAUGGCCGUAGCCUUCUCGUCCUCUGCCACCGCUAGCCCCGCCGAGUCGCCGGCUUCUGCGCGAGGGACUCCCACCGCCUCCGCAGGCUGAGGAGCCGUCCGCCGUCACCGAGCUGUGAGGGCUACUAUGGUCCCCUUUGGCCGCUGUCUCUCCCUGCCGGCGGGAGGGACCCCUCCGGCUGCCCUGUCCUGCCUCAGUGUCAAACCAGAGCAGAAGUAAAACUCAACAAAAAAUUAUUAUGUGUGGAGCUCCUUCUUAAAAGAAGAAAAAACGUGAUUACUGGAACUAUGGAUCGGAGCAAACGGAAUUCAAUUGCAGGAUUUCCUCCACGUGUGGAGCGCCUUGAAGAUUUUGAAGGAGGUGGUGGUGGAGGGGAUGGAAAUGUGACCCAGGUGGGAAGAGUUGGAACAUCCUCAUAUCGAGCUCUUAUAAGUGCCUUUUCCAGACUGACACGUUUGGAUGACUUCACCUGUGAGAAAAUAGGGUCUGGCUUCUUCUCUGAAGUGUUCAAGGUACGCCACCGAGUUUCUGGUCAGGUGAUGGCACUUAAGAUGAACACCUUGAGCAGUAACCGGGCAAACAUGCUGAAGGAAGUACAGCUCAUGAAUAGACUCUCCCAUCCCAACAUCCUUAGGUAAUGGCUUUUUCCUCCUCCCAGGAACCAGGGAGA